UUUUGAACGCAGAGGGGUUGGAAAUUAACCAGACAUGAAUUCUCAUCACGCCUUCUUCAAUUUCAUUUCGAGUUCCCGAAAAUUCCGUAUUCCGGCACCGUUUGCUUUGGAAACGCGAGGAGUUUUAGGAGAUCGGGUAAUUCUCAGAGAUGUGUACGAAAAUUCGUGGGAGAUGGAGGUGGUUAUAGAUGGGGAAUACGAGUACUGUUAUUUUAGUGAGGGGUGGAGGCAAUUUUAUAUAGAGAAUUCUUUGGAGGUGGGGGAUUUGAUGGUGUUCGAGUAUAGGGCUAACAAAUUGUUCGAUUUUCAAAUAUUUGGAAGUAACGCUUGCCAAAAGAAAGGUGUGGGGGCUCUAAAGGCAAACACGCAUCAUGCCGUGAAGCAGGAGUACUAUGACGACGGUGAUGAUGAUGGCAUACAUGAUGAUGUUGGAGCUCCAAAGUUAAUCGAGCAUAAGGUUGUGAAGGAGGAAUAUGAUGAUGCAUCCAUGGAUGUAGAUGAUGGUGAUGAUGAUGAUGAUGUCAUACGUGAUGUUGGUGAUGAUGUCAUACAUGAUGAUAGUGAUGACGACGAUGACUAUGUGCCAGAGGAAGGCGAAGAAGAAGAAGAGGAGUUAGUUAAUACUAAUUUGGAAAAGGCAGCCAAGCUUAAGAAUAAAUCAAAACCAGCUUAUCCACCCUGUGCACCUAACACAUGUGAAGGCCAUAUGCAUAUGGAUGAGGAUGCAAGUGAUGAAGAUGAUGUGGAGCAGUUAAGGACGACUUCCAAGACGAUUAACGCCAAGUCGAAAUCGAAAUCGAAAUCUUCUACAAACUCGACCAGAGGCAAUACGUCUGGAAACGGAAAUAUACCGUGUGAGAGAAUCUUCAAGAAGAAGGAUCUUCCCGACUGUUACGGUGCUGAUAUCUUCCGAUCGGGCCUGGCUUCGGUUCCCAAAAAUCCUUAUUUCGUGUCGAGAUCAAGGGUUGCACGAAGGAAGAAUGAGUUGUACAUUCCGAAAGAUGUGAUAGUGGACUAUGGUUUGAAGAUUUCGGGGACGAUGUUCCUGGUGGACGAAAGAGGGAAUAAAUGGAAAUCGAAGAUGAUAAAAUGGAAAGACGGGCGGCUGUGGUGCACGAAAGGGUGGAGAAACCUCUGUAAUGUGAACGGAAUCAACUUGGACGACACUUGCAUCUGCGAGUUCGUCCGAGAAGAAGGCUGUGAGGAAUAUUCCUUGUUGGUCACUGUGGUGGGUGGUGGUUUAGAUAAAUAAUUAAAACUCUUGUUCUUUGCUUAUUUGGUUACAGUCUGUAACUACUGUAAGAUUUGUGUAAGGUUUGAGGACAUGGUUUGGUUUAAUUUCAUGUGUUGAUGUGUAAUUUAUGUAAGUCUUUGAAUGAAUCAUAUCUUUUUUUUU